AUGAGUGUAUCGGGGGAAAAUGCCGUAGAUGUCGAAGAACCGGAACAGUUCAGGAAAUUAUUCAUUGGUGGACUUAACUAUACAACUACAAAUGAUUCAUUAAAAGAAUUUUUCGAAAAGUGGGGCGAUAUUGUCGAUGUAGUCGUUAUGAAAGAUCCUGUGACAAAAAGAUCACGAGGAUUUGGUUUUAUUACAUAUUCAAAAGCUUCAAUGGUAGAUGAUGCUAUGGCCAAUAGACCUCAUAAAAUUGAUGGCCGUGAAGUAGAAACAAAACGUGCUGUCCCUCGUGAUGACAUAGACAAACCUGAUAUAGCUUGGACUGUAAAAAAAAUGUUUGUCUCUGGAAUUAAAGAACAAGCUGAAGAAGACUUAAAAGAAUAUUUUGGACAGUAUGGAAAUAUACUUAACAUUCAAAUUAUUGCAGACAAAGAAACUGGACAACGUAAAGGCUUUGGAUUCAUUGAAUUUGAUGAUUCAGACUCAGUUGAUAAAGCUGUUUUAAUCAAAACCCAUGAAGUUUCUGGAUCUAAAUUAGAAGUUAAAAAAGCUGUCAGUAAAGAUGUAGCAUCGGCUUCUAGAGGUCGCAGAGGUGGCCGUGGUGCUAGUGGUGGAAGAGGACAAAGUUGGGGAGGACCAAAUAACUGGGGAGGUAACCAUUUUGGGGGAUAUGGCAAUGGAGGCAGUAGUGGUGGUUGGGCUCAAGGUGGUCCUCAAGGUUGGAAUAAUGUUUGGGGUAGUCAAGCUACCCAAGGAGGUUGGGGUAAUAGAGGAGGUAAUUGGGGAGGUAGUCAAAGUAGUGGAUAUGGAGGUGGACCAAUGCGAGGAAAUUUUGGUAACAACAGAGCAGUACCAUAUCAUACAGGCCGUGGAGGUAGUGGUAAUUUCCAUCAAAAUUCAAGAGGGAGGUAUUAA